AAAAUAAUGGCAGUAAGUGCAAGUAAGGUUGGCUUUAUCUUCUUGGUUGCUUUUGCCAUUACUAUUCCAUGCCUUGAGGCUGGCAUUGCUGAGUAUGACGACUUUCUGAAAACACAAGCUAAUUCGGCCCGUGAAAUCGCUCUCCAGUCCUUCGUGCCCAACCCUGAAAAUGUUACAACCGAGCUCAAUAUACACGUUAACAUGGCAUUGGAGGAGGCAUCAAACAGCAACAGGAGGGAACUAUCGGAAAAAUUCAAGGGAAAAUGCAUAGCCACAAACCCAAUUGAUCGUUGUUGGAGGUGUAGGAAAAACUGGGCCAAAAACCGCUUUAAAUUAGCUAAAUGUGGCAAAGGUUUUGGAAGAAGGGCCACCGGAGGAUUCGGUGGGCAAAUCUAUGUUGUCACCGAUAACUCCGAUGAAGAUGUGAUUAACCCUAAACCUGGGACUCUUAGGUAUGGUGCCACCCGAGAGGGACCAUUGUGGAUCAUAUUUGCACAUAGCAUGGUCAUUAAAUUGAAGCAGGAAUUGAUGGUGUCAUCCCACAAGACUAUUGAUGGUCGUGGUGCCAAUGUUAUAAUUAAGGAUGGUGGUGGCAUUACCUUGCAAUUUGUUAAUAAUGUCAUUAUUCAUGGCAUUCGCAUUAAAAAUAUCAAGUCUUUGGAUGGAGGUAUUAUUAGGGACUCUUGGAACCACAUUGGACUAAGAACAAGGAGUGAUGGAGAUGCCAUUUCCAUUUUUGGUUCUUCCAACAUUUGGAUUGAUCACAUUUCCCUCUCUGAUUCUGCCGAUGGUCUUGUCGACGUUAUCCAGGGUUCUACUGCUAUCACCAUCUCUAAUUGCCACUUGACCAAACAUAACGACGUGAUGCUGUUUGGAGCUAGCGAUACAUACGAUCCUGACAAGAUUAUGCAGAUUACAGUGGCAUUCAACCAUUUUGGGCAGGGACUGAUCCAGAGAAUGCCCAGAUGCAGAUGGGGCUUCUUCCAUGUGUUGAACAAUGACUACACUCACUGGCAGAUGUAUGCAAUUGGUGGAAGCUCAGGACCAACAAUUCUUAGUCAAGGAAAUCGUUUCAUUGCACCCAACAAUGAUGCUGCCAAGUUAGUCACACACAGGGACUAUGCAGGACCUGAAGUGUGGGGAAAAUGGCAAUGGAGAUCAGAUAAUGACUUGUUCAUGAAUGGAGCAAAGUUUAUCGAGUCCGGAACACCUAUUGGUAAAUUACCAUUCAACAAAGGGUUCUUAAUGAAACCAAGACCUGGAUCUCAAGCCAGUAGGCUAACAAAGUAUGCUGGUGCCCUCAAUUGCAGGGUAGGUAGGCCUUGCUAG